GGCGCUCUGAGGGCCUUCAUUAGCUCGCUCCCCGCGCCAGGGCUGGGGCGCACAGGACGCUCGGAACUUCUGAUCUGUUUCUCCAUACUUUCUCCCCCUCCUACUCAGCAGUGCCAGGGGCUCAUGUCGGAGGAGUGCGGGCGGACUACAGCCCUGGCGGCCGGGAGGACUCGGAAAGGCGCCGGGGAAGAGGGACUGGUGAGCCCCGAGGGAGCGGGGGACGAGGACUCGUGCUCCUCCUCGGCCCCGCUGUCCCCGUCGUCCUCGCCCCGGUCCAUGGCCUCGGGCUCCGGCUGCCCCCCUGGCAAGUGUGUAUGCAACAGUUGCGGCCUGGAGAUCGUGGACAAAUACCUUCUCAAGGUGAAUGACCUAUGCUGGCAUGUCCGGUGUCUCUCCUGCAGUGUUUGCAGAACCUCCCUAGGAAGGCAUACCAGCUGUUAUAUUAAAGACAAAGACAUUUUCUGCAAACUUGAUUAUUUCAGAAGGUAUGGAACUCGCUGCUCUCGAUGUGGGAGACACAUCCAUUCUACUGACUGGGUCCGGAGAGCCAAGGGGAAUGUCUAUCACUUGGCAUGCUUUGCCUGCUUUUCCUGCAAAAGGCAACUUUCCACAGGAGAGGAGUUCGCUUUGGUGGAAGAGAAAGUCCUCUGCAGAGUGCAUUAUGACUGCAUGCUGGAUAAUUUAAAAAGAGAAGUAGAAAAUGGUAAUGGCAUUAGUGUGGAAGGUGCCCUCCUCACAGAACAAGAUGUUAACCAUCCAAAACCAGCAAAAAGAGCUCGGACCAGCUUUACAGCAGAUCAGCUUCAGGUUAUGCAAGCACAGUUUGCUCAGGACAACAACCCAGAUGCACAGACACUCCAGAAAUUGGCAGAAAGGACAGGCUUGAGCAGACGUGUGAUACAGGUGUGGUUUCAGAAUUGUAGAGCACGCCACAAGAAACAUGUCAGUCCUAAUCACUCCUCCUCCACCCCAGUUACAGCAGUCCCACCCUCCAGGCUGUCUCCACCCAUGUUAGAAGAAAUGGCUUAUUCUGCCUACGUGCCCCAAGAUGGAACGAUGUUAACUGCGCUGCAUAGUUAUAUGGAUGCUCAUUCACCAACAGCUCUUGGACUCCAGCCCUUGUUACCCCAUUCAAUGACACAACUGCCAAUAAGUCAUACCUAAUUCUUUUUUCAGGGAUAGACUUGAUUAAGGAUAUAAGUUCAUCAUUUAUUAUGUAUAAAAUACCAUUGAAAAGAUAUUGCUGUUAAUUUUUUAUUUAACACCUAAAGCAUUUCCAACAUCACUUUGCUGCCCAGGUAUGUAUCUAUAGUUGGCCUGCAAGACACUUUUAUUGAUUCUUCAAUUUUGGUAAAACUUAUGUUUACAAGAAGAAAACAAAUCAAAACAUUUUUUGUAUUGUCUGGAAAUAGUUCACUCUAGUGUGUAUCUGUUAAUUUAUUUGUCAUCAAAAGAGCACUUUGCCUAAAAGAAAGGACUGACAAGUGUGCAAAAUGUUUACAGUCUUUUGUGAAAUUGUAGUUUAUCAUUAGUUUGUACCUGUAAGUUAUUGUUAUAAAUAUUACCUGUAUUUUUUGUUACAUACAACUUUAUACUUUGAAGCUUGUAUCUGUGAAUUCGCAACUGAAAUUUAUUUUGCCAAUGUUUUCUGAAUGAACUGAAUAAAGCUUCUGUUGUAGCAUGCCAUGCAAACACAUUAUUGUGUUUGUGGUUGAUGAAUUAUGGCUGUAAAUAACACUAUAGUUUAAUAAGCCCGCCAUUCUGAGUUUAUUAAACAUUUUCCAUUCUCAUGAAAAUUUCAA